AUGCUACCACACACAUCAGCUCAAACAUUUCGGUCGACAUGGGCAUCGCGGGGUUGGACCUAUCAAGAGUGCUUUCUGUCCACCAGAAGGUUGAUUUUCACUGAGCACGAGGUUUUCUACCUGUGCAACACGAUGGACCAUGCCGAGACUGUGAAGAAACCAUUAUCAUACUCUAGACUUACGAAGACAGUCACCGCCUCCAACUUCCUGGAACUCAUACCCAGCCAGUCAAGCUUACACGGAGUCUCUGGCGAACUAAUAGAAUUGCGGUGGAAUCAGCUCAAGCAGAAGCAGCUGCCGAACUAUACAAAGCGUCAAUUGACCAAAAGGUCAGACACUAUCGACGCGGCACGGGGACUUUUUCGUGCUCUGGAAACCAGCAUGAUUAGACAAUAUUAUGGAAUACCUUUUCGACGGAUUGACGCAAUGAAUCGGUCUCGAUACAUCUUCUCUCUUGCCUGGCACCAUCAGAAAGUUGCUUUGAGGAAUCUGCCAUUUCCAAGCUGGAGCUGGGCUGGCUGGGUAGGUGGCAUUCAAAUGAGCGAGCCUGAUUUCUGCAGCUCAGACGAUCAAGAGAUCGAGAUCAAGAAAGAAGACGGUUCUACAAUUCCGCUACAGAACUGGUUCUGCGGGCAGGAGCAAAGCGCCACCUCAGAGAUCAAAUAUGCUCCUCGAGUGCUAGGCAUCUCUGCCGUGACAGUCUGGGUCAACUUCGCUAGAAAAAGCUGGAUAGGUCUCAACGAGAAGAGCGGGGUUAAGAGCCAGAUAGUGGGCAUGACCUUUGCUGGUGGAGACUAUGCUGUCCUCCCAAUCCGUGAAGGCCUCACGGCUUGGUGUUACGCGUACAUGGAUUACGACAACGUACCUCUGGAAGCUGGACUUUUAGGACUUGUUUUCCAAACAAAGCAACAAAAGAGAUACUCCAUUCUACUUCUACGGAAGAGCGGGGAUCACCAUGAGAGAGUUGGUCUUGUCAGGGUUCAUAGCUGGAAUUUGACUCGCGCGGCCACGGCCGGGAAUUCUGGGAACUGUGAUCCAGCCAUAAUCUACACGGACACUGAAGGCACACCCCUCGACAACGUCACAAUCAGCGACGAAAAACCUCUCUGGUUGCAAGAAGCUGUCAAGCGGACUAUCUGGAUUUCGUAG